CAGCCGCCUCUCCGCCCGGAUCUAUUGUCACCAGCACCCCCUCCUCGCCACAAUUAAUCCGAUGAAUUUGCCAUGAUUGAUCCGUAUUAAUAGCUGGGGUGGGUGGGCGUGUUUGGGGCUUUCUUUUUUUUUUCCUUCCCCCCGUUUCCCCCUUCUUUUUUCCCUUUUCCUCCCCCCUUCUCUUUUAUUGUUUGGUUUUGUUUCUGGAGGGGCCGGGCUGGGCUCCGAUCUCCACUCCCGAGUCCAUCCCUGGUCGGUGCCUGAGAAAAUUGCAUCUGGAUGCAUCGUUAUUAUUAUUAUUGUGUUUGAUCCAGGGAGAUAAAGGAGGAGGGGGAGAGGAGUGAGUGCGUGCUCGUGGGGAGGGGAAGGCUGCACCCUCCCUGCACACACACACACACACACACGCAGAGAAGGAGAGCUCCAGACAGAGCUAUAUAUUUUUUUUUUCACCCCCCUGGAACUUCUUUUAGUUGGGGAGGAAAGGAAGAAAGAAAAUAAAUUCUGUGCAAGGAAAUACUCUCAGCUCCCUCCUUCCAGCGGGUCUCUCUCCUUCUUUCUUUAUUUCCCCCUUUCUCCUCUGCUUUUUUUUCCUCUCUUUCGAAGAUCCUCGCCCUCCCAGCCCCUUGAUCAAAGCAUUCCGCUAUUCUGAUUUAUUGCCUGCUUGGUGAGGCUUCCCCCCCCCCCUUCUCUCUUCUUCCCCCCCCCCCCCUUCUUUUUUUUUUUUUUUUUUUUUUUUUACAAAGGCGACCUGAGAUCAGCCAUUACUUUCCUUGGCUCGCUUAUAGGAAUCUCUUACAUUUGGUGCUUGCUGCUGGUGGUGGUGGAACCGCACUCGGAUUCUUUCAUCCCCCCCCACCCCCUUGCUGUCCUCUCCUCCCUCCUUUUCUCCUUCCCUCUCUCCCUCUCUCCCUCCCUCCCUCCCUCCCUCCCCCGUUAUUCCGCCGGGGGAGCCGGAUUUGUGGCUGCGGUGGGGCGGGGGGGGACGAGAGCGAGAGGGAGAGCCGGCGAGAGACAUGGAUGGCCCGGCGCGAUGCAACGGGCUUCGGAAGAAGCGGCGAUCGCGGUCCCAGCGCGACCGGGAGCGGCGAGCCCAAGGCGGGCGGCGCGGCUCUGCCGCCGGUGGGGCCGCCGGCCCCGGGGCCGCCGCGGCGCUCUCCUCCUCGGGCUCGGAGAAGGAAGACAAUGGGCCCCCGCCGCCGUCCCGACCGCGGCCCCCCCGGAGGAAGCGGCGGGAGUCCUCCUCGGCCGAAGAGGACAUUAUCGACGGUUUCGCGAUGUCCAGCUUCGUCACUUUCGAGGCGCUGGAGAAGGAUGUAGCUCUGAAACCUCAGGAACGUGUGGAGAAGCGACAGAAUCCUCUAGCCAAGAAGAAACGGGAAGCACUUACCAAUGGGCUGUCUUAUCUUCCGAAGAAGAACAGACUCCACCACCACCAGUACAGCUCUGACCGAGAAAAUGAUCGUAAUCUUUGCCAGCACCUUGGGAAAAGGAAGAAGAUACCGAAGGGCCUCAGACAGCUCAAGCCAGGACAGAACAGUUGCCGAGACAGCGACAGUGAAAGCGCCAGCGGGGAAUCGAAAGGUUUCCAUCGAAGCAGCUCUCGGGAAAGACUCAGUGAUAGCUCAGCUCCUUCCAGCUUGGGAACAGGCUACUUUUGUGACAGCGACAGCGAUCAAGAAGAAAAGGCAUCUGAUGCCAGUUCUGAAAAACUGUUCAACGCUGUUACAAAUAAAGAUAAAGAGUUAGGAGUCAGUGCACUAGCUGAAAAUGACGACCCUGGUGCUAGGGGCCCAGCUGUCCCAAAAAUAUCAGGAUUAGAAAGGAGCCAAGAGAAGAGCCAGGACAGCAGCAAAGACCCAAUACUUGAGCCUGUGGUGCCUAAAGACCCUUGUCCUCAGGUGAGCCAGCCUCUGGCCCAGCCGCAGUUGGAGCCACAGCCCGAGGCACCGUGCCCCAGCCCUGCGCUGGCCCCGCGGCCGGAGGCUCCUGCCCCGCCAGCGCCGGUGCCGCAGCCGCCAGCGCCAGAGGAAGCCACGCGCCCGCCAGUGCCACAGCCUCCCACCCAGCACCCUCCGCGGCCGCAGUCACCGGUGCAGCCGGCGCACCCCAGCCUGCCCCCGGUACAGCCGCAUCCGGCCUCGCAGGGCCUCUCGCAGCCACUCUCUGCCUAUAACAGCAGCAGUUUAAGCCUCAACAGCUUAAGCAGCAGCAGAAGCAGCACUCCUGCCAAGACUCAGGCCCCUCCUCCUCACAUCUCCCACCACCCCUCAGCAUCACCGUUCCCCCUGUCUCUGCCCAGCCACAGCCCCCUGCACACCUUCACGCCCUCCCUGCAGCCCCCCGCGCACCCACAUCACCCCAAUAUGUUUGCCCCUCCUACGGCCCUGCCUCCUCCACCGCCACUGACGUCGGGGACGCUGCAGGUUCCAGGACACCCAGCUGGGAGCACUUACUCAGAACAAGAUCUCCUCCGCCAGGAACUAAACACGCGCUUUCUGGCCUCGCAGAGCGCAGACCGCGGGGCCUCGCUGGGCCCACCACCGUACCUGAGGACCGAGUUCCACCAGCACCAGCAUCAGCACCAGCACACACACCAACACACACACCAGCACACCUUCACACCUUUCCCGCACGCCAUCCCACCCACUGCCAUCAUGCCGACGCCAGCACCGCCCAUGGUGCGUACCCCAGGCAGAAAUUUUGACAAAUACCCUACAAAAGUUGACCCCUUCUACCGUCACAGUCUGUUUCACUCCUAUCCUCCAGCUGUAUCAGGUAUUCCUCCCAUGAUUCCUCCAACUGGCCCCUUUGGCUCACUACAGGGAGCAUUUCAACCCAAGACUUCCAAUCCUAUUGAUGUUGCAGCCAGACCUGGAACCGUCCCACAUACCCUUCUACAGAAAGAUCCACGGUUGACAGAUCCGUUCAGGCCCAUGCUGAGGAAACCUGGAAAGUGGUGCGCUAUGCAUGUCCACAUCGCCUGGCAGAUAUACCAUCAUCAACAGAAAGUCAAGAAACAGAUGCAGUCUGAUCCGCACAAGCUGGACUUUGGCCUGAAACCGGAAUUCCUAAGCAGGCCACCAGGUCCCAGCCUUUUUGGAGCCAUCCAUCACCCCCAUGACCUGGCCCGGCCCUCGACUCUCUUCUCUACAGCCAGCGGGGGUCAUCCAGCCGGCACCCCUUUCGGCCCACCACCUCACCACAGCAACUUCCUCAACCCAGCUGCUCACUUAGAGCCUUUCAAUCGACCCGCUUCCUUCAGUGGCCUCACUGCAGUGGGUAGUAACGCCUUCGGGGGACUGGGGAACCCCACAGUCACACCCAACUCAAUGUUCGGCCACAAGGAUGGCCCCAGUAUGCAGAGCUUUAGCAACCCUCACGAGCCCUGGAACCGACUGCACCGAACUCCUCCUUCGUUCCCGACCCCUCCGCCCUGGCUGAAGCCAGGAGAGCUGGAGCGCAGUUCAUCUGCUGCAGCUCAUGACAGAGAUAGAGAUGUAGAUAAACGAGACUCAUCUGUUAGUAAAGAUGACAAAGAAAGGGAGAGCAUUGAGAAAAGACACUCCAGCCAUCCUUCGCCAGCACCUAUCCAUCCAGUAAACUCCCUCGGACAUAAUCGCAGCUCAAAUGAGCAGAUCAGGAGCCAUCUGAAUCCCGAGGUUCGAGAGAAAGAGAAACCCAAAGAACGAGAGAGGGAUCACUCCGAAUCUCGGAAGGAAAUUAAUGUUGAAGAGCACAAGGUGAAGGACAACUAUAUUUCGGAGAAAGAAGGCCUGAGCCAUGAAAGUCGAGUGGUGGAAGAGUCUAAGCAAAUGCCCAGGGUUCCUUCACCCUAUGCUAGGCCCCCCGUUGUGGAGAGCACCAGGCCUAACAGUACUUCAAACCGUGAGGCUGAGAGGAAGAGCGAGCCGGCGUAUGAUAAUCCGAAGAAAAGCAACGAAGUCAAAGUGAAGGAGGAGAGAAAGGAAGACCAUGAUGUUCAACCUGAGGGACCUCAGACUCACAGAUCAUCUGAUCAGCCACCACCUAUAUCUACAUCCAAUGUCCAUCCAAGUCCUUUAGUGUCUAUGCCCAUGACUGUAGGUGUAACUGGUAUACAUCACAUGAACAGCAUCAGUGGCCUGGAUAGGACUCGCAUGAUGACCCCUUUUAUGGGAAUUAGCCCGAUUCCUGGUGGAGAACGUUUCCCCUAUCCUUCUUUCCACUGGGAUCCAAUGAGAGAUCCCUUAAGAGAUCCAUACAGAGAGCUAGAUAUUCAUCGGAGAGACCCCCUGGGCAGAGACUUUUUGCUAAGAAAUGACCCCCUUCAUCGUCUUUCAACGCCAAGAUUAUAUGAAGCAGACAGGUCAUUCAGGGAUCGGGAACCUCACGACUACAAUCACCACCACCAUCACCACCACCCUCUCUCUGUUGACCCUCGACGUGAGCAUGAAAGGGGCAACCACCUGGAUGAGAGGGAGCGGUUGCACAUGCUCAGAGAGGACUACGAACACGCACGCCUGCACUCAGUUCACCCCGCCGCCUUGGAUGGGCACCUGCCUCACCCAAGCCUGAUCACGCCAGGACUGCCUAGCAUGCACUACCCCAGAGUCAGUCCCCCAACGGGACACCAAAAUGGCAUCCUCAACAAAACUCCCCCCACAGCAGCUCUCAGUGCCCCUCCACCUCUUAUUUCUACUCUGGGACCUCGGCCCGGGUCUCCCAGAAGGACUACUCCUCUGUCGACAGAGAUGAGAGAGAGGCCUCCUUCUCACACCCUCAAGGACAUUGAAGCUCGAUAAGGAGAGUGAGACUAAAUAAAAACCAGAGAAAGAGGGACAGAACGUUGUAAAUGAACAUAAUAUAAAGACCUUCUUACUAGUCAUUGAUACAGACUGGGGAUGUGACCCACUGUACAAUAUGUAUAGACCCGAGUGCAAAGAUUUUGAAAUGGUUUUUUUGUAUAUUAUAUGUUGAAAUUUUCCAGAUCUUUUAGCCAAGUCCAUGUUCCUCGUGUCUCCUCCUCUAUUUUAUUUCUAGUUUAAAGAUUUCAAAAUUUGAACUGAAGAACAAGACAUUAAUCUGAAUGAUUUGACUAGCAACAAGCCACCACCAAUGUCAACCAUACAAAGCUCUUUCAGACCAGAAGUGAAGACAAUUGUAGAUAUUUAUGUAAAAAGAUUGCUUCAUGGGUUAAUGGUUCAUAUAUGCAAAAAGGGUAAGAUGAAAGCUUUACUUUGUACAAAUGUAAAUAGAUAAAAUUAAGUAACAUAAUACAUUAAUACUUCUUAAACUGUGCUAUUUGCAAACUUAAUAUUGAUCAACACAGUCUGCUUAUGCUGUGUUACAUAUAUUGUUAUAGACAGCUAAACCCCUUCAACUAUGCAAUGAAUUUUAAGGCUUUUCACAAAAGCCUUUAUAACUCAAAGGAGCCUUUUCAACACACAACAUAAUUAAAGUCAUAUUUUCCCUGAACAAGCUCAUCUAUAAUAGAAACCUCUUUCUCUUGCUUGUUUUGAUGAAGAAACAGCCCAUUAGAAGUGUCAUUUUCUGUCUGAACCCCUGCACCAAGAGGCUGAUGUUACUGUAGCUCAUGUACUCCGUAGAACACGUCAGGGUUAGCAGCCUGUAACCUCUGGUUCUGUAGUUGUACAGAUUGGGUUUCAGUCACAUUAAUCUGGGUUAAACAGAGUAAUAAUCAAAUGCUGGAUAUUUUCCAGAACUUUGUCACUUCACAUGUCAAAUUUAUUUUGGAAGAACGUCUGCUUAUAGCCAUUCGUGUCUGGGUUUAUUGCCAGUGUGGCGUUUUUAUCUGUACACACACUGGUUUGGGUUUUUUUAAGUGAUUUUUAGGUACAUUGAAACAAAUCCUACAAGAAAGGUAAUACUUUUCUAAAUGAUGGAUAUGUUUUCACUGUGGAUCAGCAGUUGAAUUAAUGAACUCUGAUGCAGAUUUCAUAAUGCAAUUUCUUGUAUUUCAGUUGGUAAUAAAGUCUGUGCAUAGCUAACAGGCCAGCCUUGUUGUUCCCUAAUCACAGAAGACAUGAAAUAACCUGCAGAAACAUGGUCCUUUGGAAAGAUAUGCAUCGAUCUUCUGAAAUCUGUCUUUUCAUAACACACUUUUUUAUACCGUGUUCAGUUUCUUGUCUAAAUAUUUGGAGAGAAUAUGACUUUAUCAGAGAGAAUUCACUAUCUUGUCUACUGGACUGUAAAAUAUAUGUAUGAAAUAAAAUUAGUUCCAUUGGUCUUCUAGUGUAUUAAAGUGCUAUCUGAAGUUGUUACCCUGUUUUGGCAAAAAAAAAAAAAGGAAAAAAAAAAGAAAAAAGUUAACUACAGACAGUUGUUUCUAAUGCUCAGAGAUCUAUUUUAGUAGUCAACUGAAGGUUUAGUUGUGAGCUUCAGAUUUUGUGAACUCCAGAUGUUGUGCAGUGGUUCUUUUCUUUCCUUUUUUUUUUUUUUUUUUGGUUUGGUUUUUUGUUUUGUUUUGUUUUUUUAAGAACAAAAGGAAAACUACAAAAAAAACCCCAACCCUGAAGAAUAUGUACACUGGAACCGUAGUGGUAGCUUUCAGUAUUGUAAAGAGAUUGUUAUAUACGAACCUUUUUGCUGUUUAUCCUGUAUGUAAUAAAGUCCUUUCUAGAUCCUAUGUGAAAAGCAAAGUGAAGCGGCUCUCAAUCUUCAGCAUGUUUCCUCAUCAGCGAAGACUUGUGUAAUGUAAAUUGUGCCAUGUUAUUAAAAAAUGUGAACUAAA